UAGAAUUGGAAACAUUCCUUGACGCUUCGGCCACACGCAGACGCGGGGCCAAUCAUGAAGUCAAACAUCAAGCACCCGAAUUAGUUUAGGCACACGACACAUAGCAGCUACAUACCACACACGCAACCAACACGCAGACAGACAGACUCGCACGCUCUCACGCACAGCUGAAAUGGGGUAAGGUAAAGCCUACACACACUGCCAUGCUAGCUAUGCUCCCUAACACACCACACCAGCCCUGACAGCCACCCGGCCCUGUGUCUCUCUACUGCCCCCAUCAAUCCGCCCGUUCCUUCCAUCUAGUAGGGCGCGGAACGGUAAGGCGCGCCGCCACUGGGUGGGUAGCUGGUCCUGUAGUUGUUCCUGUAGGCGCCAUAGCCGCUGCCAUAGCCCCCACCUCCUCCUCCAGCAGAAACAGCCCCCGGCUGAUGCAUCUGACCGCCUUGAUGGUGCUGAUAUCCGUACCCACCUGCCCCGCCGCCAGAAGCAGCAGAAGCCGCGUACCCGCCCCCCUGUGUGCCUGCUGCUGCUGCGGGGGGCGCCUGCUGCUGCUGUUGCUGCUGUUGUUGGGACGACGGCGUGUUGCCGUAGCCGGUGGUGGGCUGCUGCUGGCGAUGGUGGUGUUGGUGCUGCUGCUGUUGGUCUGGUGGAGGAGGCAUGCUGUAUCCGUAGCUGGACGGCCCGUAGCUGGCGCUGUAGCGGUAGGGGUCCGGGGGAGGCGCCGACGCUGAUCGAUCCGAUCCAUGUGACACCGCAAAGCAAGACAAGAGACACGCAUCAAACACCAAACAUCAGACACGUCAUUGCUGUCAGAAUGCUGUGUGCAUCUCACUCACUCACCAUAAGGGUCAGGAGCAUAGGGGUCAUAGCCGCCCCUGCUGUCGUAGUAGCCCCCGCUGCCCUCCGGCGCCUGCUGGUGGUGGUACAUGCCGUUGGACGCGCCACGGUCGCCAUACAUGCCGCCGCCACGAUGAUCGUAGCCACCACCGCCACCGUAGCUCCCGCCGUAGCCGUCAUAUGACCCAUAGCCGCUGUAGCCAUUGUAGCCAUCUGCACAGCACACCGACACCAGAGUGAGAUAUGUGUGUCAAUGGGGUGGUUGGUUGGCUCCCUCGCUGACUUGUGGUGGGCAUGAAGUCCCUGUCUUUGGGCGGCGUGAUGGGUGACGCGAAUCUGCCGGCCAUGCCGACAUUGUCCCUCCUGCCCAUGCCCUCACGCAGCCCCCCUCCCCCCAUGCCCCCGCCGUCCCUCCAGCCUGCCCCCAUGGCUGUGCGGGGUGGUCGGCUGCCCAGCGCCAGAUAGGCACUCGCAUCCGCACCACGCGGCACUGCACGCUUGACCUCUAUCUGCACAUAGACGGAGAGACAGACAGACAGACAGACAUGCGUGUGUGCGUGUCUGGUGGGUGCUGGUUGGCUGGCUGACCCAUUUGUUCUCGAUGUAGUGGUCGUUGAAUCGCUUGAUGACCUCAUCAACGGUCUCGGGGUCCUCGAAGUCAACAAAACCGAAACCUGCACGUAAUCAUUCACACACACAUGCACCGUCACAUCGAUAAAUGAGAUGCACUCGCUGUCCGACUCUCCUGCCUGCCGAGCCGAGCCGAGCGUACCUCUGUGUUUGUUGGUGUCGCGAUCGACCAUGACGAUGCAGUCCUUGAUGGCCCCGAACGAACUGAAAUACUCCUCAAGCAUCUCUGCACCCACCCACCCACCCACCCACACACACAGAAACGAAAAGAAAGAUGAGGGGCACAUCAGACCUCAGACGAGGGCAUGCAGUGCAGCAUGGACGGCAUGGCAUGAUCCGUCAAGCGGCACUAGCAAAGCGAGCGAGCCGAGCCAUCUGCCCUUACGGACUAGAGCCAGUCAGCCUACGCCCGCCCCCUUGCCAUGCCCUGCCUUGGCUACAGUAUGAAAAUGCAUCGGUUGCUCCCUCCCUGCCUCCACCGAUGCAUCCAUCGAUCGAUCCAUGCAUCUACCUUUGUUGCACACACUGGGCAGUCCUCCUACAAAUAUCUUGGUGCUCCUCGGCCCGCUAAGGGGGUCUCUAGUAGAGGCGGCAGGGUCAGGUAGGGGAGCGGCCAUCUGGUCCCGCGGACGGGCCCUCUUACACUCUACCUAACGUGACGAGAGAAAGAAAGAAACAGCACAUGCACACAAUAAACAAAUACGCAGCCAUUCAGUCAUUCCUAGUCGACAAGGAAGGCACAGAGAGAGAGACAGACAGACAGGCAGGCAGGUGCCUACAGCAAGGCAAGGCGGUCUAAGUGUGUCACAAAACGUGACACGCCCAUGCCAUGCCAGCCAGACCUAGCCAAGCCAGCCUGCCUCGCAACUAGCACAGCAACCGACACCCUCCACCUUUCCUCCAGCCACUGACUGACCUGUUUGCCGUCGAGUGAGUGGCUCUGGCCGAGCACCGUCUCCGUCGUGAGGUCGUCAACAAACGUGACGAAGCCAAACCCCCGGCACCGACCUGACGACCAAACACGCAAUGCACGCACGGCUUGUCUGGUGCGCGGGGCAGGGCUGCGGCGUCUCGCUGUGUCGUAUCCGUCAAGGCGUACCAGUGUUCUGGUCCAUCAUGAGGACGCUGUCGGUCACCUCACCGAAGCCCUCGAAAUACGCACGGAAGUGGUCUGCAGCAUCGCACCGCAGCCCACGAGACAGACAACAAUGCCGCACCGGCACACUUGUGUGUGCAGUGCAUCCGGUUCUGCCUCUGCUCACCUUCUGUGACUCCGUCGGGCACGCCUCCCACAAACAGCUUGUGGGUGCCGCUGCCCUGACCCUUCUCACCCUCUGCCAUCGCCAAGCGCCGUUUGCGAAGAAAAAGCCGGGGAUUCAGUCACUGCACUGCCACUGGCGGCGGGAGUCUUCACACGAGAGGGCAGCGAAUGAAG